UUCUCUUUCCCGCCCACUCGCCCCGCCUCCUGCUUGGCUCGCCCCCAAGGCGUUGCCAUGGGGACCAAGCGGCCACAGCUGGCCUGUGGCGGUGCCGCCUGCCUGGUCGCUUUUGCGGACCUGGUGGCGGCGACAGUGGGAGCUCAUGGAGCUUUCGGUUAACGACGUCGACAGGACCAAGAAGCGGUGUGGUCUGGGCCGUUGCAAGCAUUUCUUUUGGUUGGGCGUCGCCUUCGACACGGUGGGCGCGACCGUGAUGUUCACCGGGGUCUUCGCCGAUCUGCUCUUCUACGACCUGUUGCUUUACCUGGGUUCCAUCAUCAUCUUCCUCAGCCUCCUCUGGUGGGUUUUCUGGUACAGCGGUAACAUCGAACUGUCUUCUGAAGAACCCUUGAACAGGCCCUACCACCUGCCUUCCGCCACCACGCUGGAAGUCCUGAGCCAGACCAUCAGCAACUGUUUCUCUUUCAACAUGGGCAGCGUUUCCAACACCUUUAUGCGGAUGCGGCCGCGGCGGCGGCACCGCCAGAGGUUCCUGCAAGGGAGUGCUCUGGAUAUGACCGUCACGGGCCAGGUCGAAAACCAGCUAGACCAGGACAAAGACGGGAUGGAAGGUGCCAAGGAGAGCGGCGACGCUCAGGACUUUGGCAGCGAGGAUCUCCCCAAACCUGAAGCUGUCAAAAGUUUAAAGGGAGUUUGCUCCUUGGGCCCCAAUGCGGGUCCCCUAGGCACUGACGCUAGUCUCCCAAGGUUUGUUAAAGGACCAUGGACCCAUCUGGUGCAGCCAUUCACUCCAUCUCCUCUGGACCAGCCUCUCACUCCAGCCAUCCUGGCUUUUAAGAGCCUGCCCAUAGUCCCCGAGGCCUCUGCUAGCCAGCCUCUGCCUAUUCUGAACUCUGAGACCCAGCCUGUAGUUUCCUUGGCCUCUACAAGCCAGCCCCCUGCAGUUACUCUUGCCUCUGUGAGCCAGCCUGCUGCCCCCUUGGCCUCUGCUAGCCAGCCUCUACCUAUUCUGACUUCUAAGAGCCAGCCUGUAGCUUCCUUGGCUUCUACUACUCAGCCUCCAGUCCUCUUUGCCUCUGAGAGCCUGCCUGCUGUCCCUUUGUCCUCUACAAGUCAGCCUCUGACCAUCCUUACCUCUCAGAGCCACCUCCUGGUGCCUGUGGCUUCACAGAGCCAGCUCCAGAAUCUUGCUCAGGCCUGUCAAACUCAGCCACCACCUCUUCAGGCUUCCCAAUCCCAGGGUCUGGCCACCCAGGUCUCUCUGCUCCAGCUGCUGCCCACCCAGUCUUUUCAGACCCAACCUGUGGACCUUCAGGCGGCCCAGGCUAUCCAGGACUUUCAGGCCAUGUAUCACACCCAACAGACCUCCCAGAGCAGCUCUUUAGUCCAGAGGAUUGGACCAAGCCAGUCUCCAUCUGCCCAGGAGUUUCACAGAGAGCCAGUUGCUUUUGAGACCCCACCACCAGCGGGCCAGGAGCUAAGUCAGAACCCCCCUGACACUGCAUCCCUGCUCCCUGAGUCCCCAGCUGCUCAAGCCCAGCAGUCAGUGCCCCCCGGCAGGGCGCCCACCCCCGUCCCGGAGAGGAGGAGUCGCUUUCUCUAGCACAGAACCAGACCCCAGCCCUCCGAGUGGCCCUAAGGCCUCCACCAAAGCUCACCAAUGUUCCUACAGAUUUAAGUGCCAAGUUUAUAAAAGCACAAAUACUUACCUUAAUCUCGAUUUGGAAACCUCCAUCUGGAGCCCUGGCCUGUCUCAGCACUGCAGACUUGACCAGCUGCCUCCACCAAGUCUGUGCUGCAGAGUGGGGAGAAUUUUCCAGCCCCAGACAGUAAAGAUGUUUAUUGCCAGAAUUUGAAGCCAUAAUAAACUAUGCUGUUCCAAAUGAACUUCAUUUUAAAAGAAGUUGGUUUUUAAAAUAGACUUCUCUUGUGAAAACAUUCCAGCAUUCUAAGCGGAAAAUCAUGUCUCACAUACUCUGGGUGAAUGUGUCAGUACAAAUCCCACAGAAACGGACAUUGAAAAUUGCAGCUCCUUGUAUUUAAGGAUGCUUUGUGACCUCGUUAAGCUAUCAGAAAAGUUAAGACAAUCAGGGUAUUAUAACAUGUUACAGUUUAUUUAUAUGUUCAUUUGAUUUAAGCAAUAUGAGUUUCCCUUUUUCCCAAGGAUUUAAAACCUGCUGAUUUGAUUGCAUAUUUUAAUGAUAAUCAAAUAAAAUUCAUUUGGGACUGCU